AUAAAUAAAAUAAUGCUUUUGUCAACCCGCUUUGCACCCCUCGCGGACUGAUUUUGUUUUCUCCUGUGCCGAACCCCUAAUUAUUCACUACGAUAGCAUAAGUAGAUCAUUAGAUAGCCACCAUCAGUUAUAUAAAUGGAACUGACGCGCGGGAGCCUUAUCUUACGGAAAGUUGUUCAUACGCCACGUGGUUUAACGGGGUACUAUCGACACUUUUGGCCGAUUUCAUGUAGACACCUUUAUCUAUCGUCAGGGCCCUCACUGUCAAUACACAGCCAGGUCAACAGACUAUAUAGCACAAUGGGAAGCUCCAUACCAGAAGGAAUACUAUUGGGUAUAGGGAACCCCUUGUUAGAUAUGACCAUCAUUGGAGCAGAUGCUGAAAAGAUGCUUAAAGAAUAUGAGCUGUCAUCAAACAAUGCUAUACUCGCUAAAAAGAAGCAUGAAAGUUUAUUUGAAAAAUGUGUGAAAGAAUGCAAACCAAUUUAUCUUGCUGGUGGUGCAACGCAGAAUACCAUCCGAGUGGCCCAGUGGCUCCUUCAGCAACCAAAUGCCACCACAUUUUUUGGUGGUGCAGGAAAUGAUAUGUAUGAAGAGAUUUUAUUCAAGAAAGCUACAGAGGUGGGAGUUAAUGUAAAAUAUGAUAUUCAUCCUGAAAAAUCCACCGGGAAAUGCUGUGCCAUCAUCACUGGUGAGGAUAGGUCACUGGUAACAGAUUUAGGGGCUGCACAGUUAUUUAACAUAGAAUUCUUAAACAGGCCAGAAAUCUGGAAUCUGGUGGAAAAAGCCAAGUAUUUUUACAUUGGCGGAUUUGUUUUACCUGAAAGUAAACCUGCAGUAAUGAAAAUUCUCAAACAUGCAGCUGAAAAUGACAAAGUUGUGAUCAUGAAUCUUCAUGCCACAUUUCUGUGUUCCCAUUUUGCAGACUCUGAAUUGAAUAUCUUGUAUUAUGUUGAUGUCUUGUUUGGAAAUGGAGAGGAAGCAGCAGAGCUUGCUAGGGAAAUGAGGUUUAGCACUUCUGAUAUUAAAGAAAUUGCUCAAAAAACUGUCAACUUACCGAAGCUCAACCAUCGACAUGGCAGGACUGUGAUUUUCACUCAGGGCCGUUCUCCAACCAUCAUAGGAAGACGAAACGAAAUCCAGGAACUUCCAGUGGUGCCGGUAGAGAGACAUUUGAUUAAAGACACUAAUGGAUGUGGGGACUCUUUUGUGGGGGGAUUUCUAUCACAGUUUGUACAAGGAAAACGCACUGAAAUCUGUCUACAGUGUGGCACCUAUGCUGCUAGAGAAGUCAUUCAAAACUAUGGGUGCCAUUUUCCAGAAAAACCUAACUUUUUAGUAGAAUGAUUUUAUCAGUCUUCUAUUAAUCUUUUUAGCAUUUUUACUGUAGAAGCUACAGCCCAGAAUUUGUUCCUUUGAUGCCCCACAAAAACAUAUUCCAUAUACAGCAUGAUGUGACCUUGAAGAUUUGUCAGUUGGUAUAUGCUAGCAUUGUUGAUUUUUAUUUAAUUAAUGAGUACAUUUUUUUUGCACAUGAUGAUGAGUAUUUCAUUCUGAAUCAAACAAUUGGCUAUAGAAAGGUAAAUCUAUUGUAGUUGAACUCAUUUUGAUAAAUAAUUGGUGCAGAGCCAGAUGUGGGAAUUUUUCAGAUCUCGAAAUAUUUUUGAUCUGUUUGUUCUGCAGAUUAGAGCUUAUUUGAGGCAUUAUGUGAUAAAUAAAUCUUUCAGCAGAGCGUCAUUAGGAUAGAUAUGUCAAAUUGUCAGCGUUGUUGCAUCACCCAUGAUUGCAAUUGCCAUGACGGAGGAAAUUCUGUGAUGUUUAGUUUUGUAUUGCAUGUAAUAGGUUGUGAAAACCUCAGUCUUGACAUGUUUGUGCCAUAUAUUAGUAGUAUGGAAGACCGUGCAUUGAUUUUUAUACUAAUAUGAACUUACCUAAAAUUUAUCUAACUCAUGUAUUUAUUGUACAUAUAUCAGGGACAUUUGUAUUCAUACUCAUUAAGUAUGAAAAGAAUUCAUGGCCAGUCAAUUGCUAUUAUUAUACUUGUUUACGUGUAAUUUUCAAUGGCGUGAUUAUACUUUCAGAUAGCUAUUAAAAUGAUUGUAUACAUGUACUUAGAAACUAACAGUAUUAAUUUUGGUAAACAUUUAAUAUCAGCUGUUAUAUUCCAAAUGGUGUAUAGAUAUUUUUUGACAAUUUACACAUGAUAUGAUUGUCUUGUCUCAGUAUCUGUGAUUUUUAAAGAAAUCACUUGCUAUGAUUUAUCCUCAGGAAAAGAUUCAUUGUAACUGGAAAUAUUUGUAGCAUUAUAACUCUGAUGUGUCUGUGUACUUACGUCUCUGUGUUAUUGCUCUGAACAUGGCUGCCAAUCAGGAAUGUAUGCAAAUAAAUGUUCAGAUGAUGUUAAUAGAGAAUAAAUGCUGAUGUUAUAGUGCUGACA